AUGGAGAGGGCUGUGUGCGUGUCCUCACCGCACUCCCCGGGACAAUGGCUUUCCACAGGACUCCAGGUAACGGUGCGGCCGCCCCGGCGCCUCCGCAGGGCAGAGGGUGGGGGUGGUGGUUCUCUGCCCCGCACCCUCGGUGGGGCCAUUCGUUCUGAAGCUGUUCAACGUCCCGAGCUGACAGCCCCGCGGAAACCCGUGGACCCCCGAUCCCCGACCCGAGCCGCGUCUCCGGAGAACCGACACCGUUAUACUGCAGCCUGCGUUCCGGUGAAAAAACUCAGCUGCCACCACUGCAAGCAGCCGCUGCAGGGACAGAAGUACGUCGAGAAGGAGGGGCAGCCCUGCUGCGUCCGCUGCUACGAGAAAUUCAUCGCCAACACCUGCGCCGAAUGCAGGAAGCCGAUUGGCUGUGGUUCCAAGGAACUGCGGCACGGCGACAAGUACUGGCACGAAGGCUGUUUCCGCUGCUACCACUGCAGCCGCUCGCUCGCCAACGAUUCCUUCAGCAUCAAGAACGAGCGCCUGAUCUGCACCAAGUGUUUGCCCCGGACUGAUGCGUCCACCUGCCACAGCUGUAAGCGGGCGAUCAAACCAGGGACGAAGAGCUUUGAGUACGGCGGGUCCCACUGGCAUGAACGCUGCUUCACCUGCCAGCGCUGCCUGAAGGAGAUCGGCUCCGAGAGCUUCGUCCCGCAGGGCGACCAGAUCUUCUGCGUGUCCUGCAACGAGAAGAAGUUCGCCAAACACUGCACCCACUGCAGGAAGGCCAUCACCAGCGGGGGGGUGAGUUACCGGGACGAGCCGUGGCACACCGAGUGCUUCGUCUGCAAGACGUGUCGGAAGCAGCUGAGCGGAAUGCGGUUCACUGGCCACGAGAACUUCCUCUACUGUGUCGACUGUUAUAGCAACUUCAUCGCCAAGAAGUGUGGCACCUGCCACAAAGCGGUCACCGGAUUUGGUGGAACUGAGAUUGUGACUUAUGAAGAUCGUCAGUGGCACAAAGAAUGUUUCAAGUGUAAGAAGUGCUACAGCAGCCUGGUCAACCAGCGUUUUCGCAGCCACAACAGGGAUGUGUACUGCGAGGACUGUAGUAAAAACCUGUAAAGUCAAACCACACAUGCAGAAACAGCUUGCAUUCACUGCUCAGAAUUAUAUUAGUCCAUUUAAAAGCAAAAGCUAAUUAAGGCAACAAGAUUCAUCAAUGGCAAUGACAUAGCACCUAUUGGGAAUGAUUUCAGAUGUUAGAUAUACUUUGUGGUUUCUGCAGUAUUACCCUGAUAGAGAGGAAGCAAUGAAAGAUUUGACUAUGUCAUGGAAAGUUCUUUAAAAUGCCUGCAAUAUUUAAUCAUGUAACUUUAUAGACAAGCUUAUGACAAUAUUAAAUGCUGGAAUUUUAAACAUAGAAUGCCAUUUACUCAAUAUGUUACUGUAGUGCUUAACUGCAUGCAUUACCUGAAGUUUCUCCAACUUCUGGGCUUGAGUGAAAUGUGGUGCAUGGAAAUGUAAACUGAAGCUGGCGUAAUGUUUGCAGGAAAUAUUCUGCUGCAUUAAUAUCCCACAGCAGGUUACCAACCUGCUGCUGAGUGACUGUACAGCACAGAGCUGAGACUUCCUGCCGUAAAGAAUUGAAUACUUAAACACACAAUAUUCAGUUUUUGAAUUCACAGUAGUUUUGCCUUUAUUCACUGUCACAUGGGUAAUUUCCAGACUAACCUUAGGUUGCAACUCAGUUCCUUUGAAAUAACAUUUGUCAUAUGGAGAUGCACAUCAGUUAUAUACCCUGUUAACUAUAUAUACUGCGUGUGACCUGUUAGCAUGCAAGGUCACAGUCCAAUGUACCAGAUUAUUUGGAGCAUAAACAUAUUACCUUUUAAUAAA